CAGAUUCUGAGCAAGACAGACCAUGGUCUGUGACCCAACAUGGCAGCUCUUAUGUUUUUUAUGAUGUGAACCAUAAAAUCAGAUAGUUGUGUUAAAUUUGUGCAUGGAGAGUGUUUUAAAUAUUACCACGUUGGGAUGCACACUGCAGUGCCUCUGCAGAAUCGCUCAGCUCAAAGACCAGAGAGGGUGCUCAAAGGGCCAGAGGCAGAUGACCCAGCUAGAGUGCUAGAGCAAAGACUCAGAACGGCACGUGGAAUGUUGAACACCUUUGUUUCGCUGUAUUUCGCUAAAGUCACACCAAUUAUCCACAUAGCUUCCUGCAAGCUCUUAAACAUCAUUUGUGGCAACUUAUUUCCGCAGGCACACACGUCAUCGUAACUGUAUCCCUCCAAACUUUAACCAUCGGUGUCUCCGCGGCUCCAUGCUGGGGGAGCCCUCGGUGCCCCAUGGGGGAGGAGAUGGCACUCAGCGUGGGGAACGGCUGCGCUGGGAAACCCACAGAGGAUGAGGCAGAGACUGUGGUGAUGAUCCAGGAGGGGCCCUUGCGGCCUAAGCCGUCUACCUGGACCCCAUGUCCCCGUGCCCUCCGCAACCUGGCCAUAGGCAGCAUCAUCUGCGGCUGCUCCUGCCUGGGGGUGCUGGCCCUAAUCUAUGCUGUCAAGGCCAACGAGAAGCGGAAGACAAACUCUCCUGACACGGAUCUCUGGGCCCGGAAGUCCUUUCGGUUCUCCCUUCUCAGCAUCGGGGUCUGGGUGUCUCUGCUCAUCCUGGUACCGCUGCUCAUGGGACUCAUCUCCUACCUGAUUGCCAGGGCAGAGUGAUCUCCUGCUGCUCCUCAUUGGCUCUGGGGGAUCAGGGGGAUUCCCAGAUCUGAUUUUUCUCUCCUGGGACUGCAGGAUGGGAGUUGCCCUGGCUGCAUCUCACCACAACUGGCCUGGAAUCUCCCCAGCCCUGCCAGUUCUGGAGCAGCUCCAGCUUCUCCGUGGCUUGGGACUGAGACUUCAGAGAGACCAGGGUGGGGAGUAGGACAGGAUCGUCUGUGAUUGUCUAUUCGCAGCAGAGAUGGCGAUAAAGGAACCUAAAAACAUCAAGGAAAAAUCCAAGGCUGGUAGGGCUAAGGACCAGACUGAUUCCAUUCCUAGACGGAGAUGGUAAAGCUGUUAAUAAGGAUGUACAAAAGGUGCUUUGUAUUUAGAGAGAAGCAGGAUGAUGAACUCCUAUCAUAUGAGGAUGAUGAAGUACUUUCCAGUCCAUUAAUGACCAAGGAGGAUGUUAAACAACAUCUACUAAACACGUUCCAAUCACAGGCCCAGGUAACAUGUCCCCAAAAGCCCUAACAAAGUUGGCCGAGGAGAUCGCAGGCCUGCGAAUGUUCAUGUUUAAUAGAUGUUGGAAUGAAAUUCCAGAAGACUGGUAGAAUGCUAAUACUGUGCCGAGCAAGCUGUGUGACCAGGGGAAUUAUAGACUGGUUAGCGUGACAUCAAUCCUGGGAGACAUAAGGGAAAAGCUGAUAAGGGAUUCCAUCAACAAAGACGACUGAAAAGAUGUAGUUAAAGCCAGACCGCACUGUUUUAUGGAAAAGACAUUUUUGUCAGACAAAGCUGAUUAAAUUCUUUAACAAGUUUACGAAUUUGGUUGAUAAACG